AUGAUCAUUCUCUUCUUCAUCAAAUGGCAAUUCUUCCCAUCUAAAACCUCAAGAAACCCUCCACCAUCACCACCCCGGUUACCAAUCAUCGGAAACUUCCACCAACUCGGCCCCCUCCACCACCAAUUUCUGCGGUCACUAUCUCUCCGUUACGGCCCACUCAUGCUCAUCCACCUCGGCAACGUCCCGACGGUGGUUGCCUCAUCAGCCGAUGCAGCCCGUGAAAUCAUGAAAACUUAUGACAUCAUCUUCGCAAGUCGACCCGAAUCCAAAUUGAUAAAGAAGCUUCUCUACGAUGGUAAAACCGUGUCCGGAUCCCCAUACGGCGACCAUUGGAGACAGUUAAAAAGCAUCAUGGUGCUCCAGCUUCUGAGCACCAAGAGAGUUCGGUUUUUCCGAUCAGUACGAGAAGAAGAAACUGUCAUCAUGUUGAAGAUUAUACGUGAUUCAAACAACGAGCCGGUGAAUUUAAGCGAUUUGUUCGUGACAUACACCAACAACGUGACGUGUCAGGUGGUGUUAGGGCGGAAGUACGGCGAAGGGGUGAACGGAAAAAAGUUUAAGCAACUUUUGAGGGAUUUCCUCAUAACAUUAGGUUCGUUUGCAGUUGCUGACUUCAUCCCUUGCCUCGCAUGGGUUGACCGUGUCAAUGGUUUUGAUAGUAAGGUGGAAAGAAUCACGAGAGAGAUUGAUGAAUUCGUGGAGGGAGUACUUGAUGAGCAUAAGAAGAAACAGAAAGAUGUUAACGAGCAUGAAAAUUUUGUCGAUAUUUUAUUGGAGAUACAAAAAGACGAUGAAGACAGUGGUAUUCUCAACAAGACUAAUAUCAAAGCACUCCUGUUGGACGCUUAUACCGCCGGAACGGACACCACUGCCACCGUGCUAGAGUGGGUGAUGGCGGAGCUACUCAAACACCCGGCAAUCAUGAAGAAAGUAAAAGAUGAAGUGAGGACGAUAUUGGCCGGAAAAAAUGGCAUCGCGGAGGAGGAUCUUGAGAAGAUGAGUUACCUAAAAGCUGUAAUCAAGGAGACACUCCGGCUCCAUCCUCCGCUGCCUAUGUUAGUUCCUAAUGUUGCUUCAAAAGAUGUUAGAGUUAUGGGGUAUGACAUCAGUAAGGGAACUUUGGUUAUGACGAACGUUUGGGCAAUCGGAAGGGACCCGAAACAUUGGGAUGAACCGGAGGAGUUCCGGCCGGAGAGGUUCUUGGGUUCUAAUAUCGAUUUCAAAGGGCAUGAUUUUGAGUUGAUUCCGUUUGGAGCUGGGAGGAGGAUUUGCCCAGGAAUUGCAUUUGCGAUGGCUACGAAUGAGAAUUUGCUAGCGACUCUUCUGUAUAAGUUCGACUGGAAAUUGGGUAACGGAGUAAAGGAAGAGGAGUUAGAUAUGUCGGAAUCUCCGGGAGUUGCAGUCCGCAAAAGGAUUCCUCUUCUCGCUGUCGCAACUCCGGUUUGA